AUGUACGCUCCGGAAGUACUCGCGGACAUUCACGUUUGUUAUGGCUUCGCUAAUUGUGGAGCAACGACAGCCCAGCAGAAGUAUGGUUGUAGAUUUUCUGAUCGUCGGCUACUUAAAACUUCCGAGAAGGAACGUUGUUUUCAACGAGGCUUCGAGCGAAGCCUCAACUUCACUAGCAAGUGGCGUCAGCGAUUGGCUAUAAGAUUUUGCGAAUCGUGGAAAAUGAUUUCAAGACUAGCACAAGGCAAAUUGCGGCACAGUCCCUUGGAUUACCAUGGAGAUGAGGAACGUGCUGAACCCGAUAUUCCACGGCACUGUGGCAGCAGCGGCAGCCACCAGCAGCCAGCAGUGGUUCCGGUGAUCGAAUAUGGUUCCAAUGUACCUACGUACUUUUACUUUGUGAUUUGGCUUAUUGUGGGAGGCUGGCGCAGAGUUCCGGGAGAGGCUGAUAUUCCAGGUGACCAUCCCGUUAUGAUCAACAACCUGUACCCAUUGGAGGAACAUCCGCAUUUUUGUUCAUUUUACUGGGGCGAUUUUAACGACAGCAGCUCAGGCAACUCCGCAUUGCCGGCGGAACCGACGGCCGUCAGCACCAACUACGAUGGGACGCUUCGAAGUGGGCUCUAUGAGGACCCUCGAAUAGAGUACCUGCGGAAGAUCUCGUACGGAAUUGCGUUGCCAAUUAUUUGCGCUCUCGGGAUCGUGGGUAAUGUGCUAAAUCUGGUGGUCCUAACUCGAAGGAAUAUGCGCGGCACAGCUUACAUUUACAUGAGAGGCUACUCGGCUGCCGCUCUGCUGGCAAUUAUCUUUGCAAUUCCCUUCGGUAUGCGAAUGCUGAUCCACCGGGAUUCGGGCCGCUGGCAGAACUUUGGUCAGGCCUUUUACUCGGCCCAUCUGGAGUUGUUUCUCGGCAACGGUUGUCUAGGUGUCGGCGUGAUAAUGCUGCUGGUGCUGACGAUUGAACGGUACGUCUCCGUGUGCCAUCCGGGCCACAUCCGGCGGAUGUGUCCGCCGCGGAUCACUGUCUGGCUGAUAGCGGUGCUCACUUUCCUGAUCUAUCUGCCGUCGGUUUUGCGCGGCGAGAUCGUCAAAUGUGUCUUACAAUCCGAUGGAACAAUAAUGUAUCAUAAGCGCGAUAAUAUGAAAUUUUUAGAUUCGCUAUUUUAUUCGAUUUACAAGGUGAUAUUGGAGAUUGUCUUCAAGCUCGCACCGACGGUGCUAAUUGCUGGCUUCAACCUAAGGAUAAUGAUUGUGUAUCGUCGUACCUGUGAUAAACGCCGCCGCAUGACGUUAUCCCGGAUCAACACCAAGGAUGAUGAUUCGAGGAAAUAUGCCGAAGAACGGCGGCUUAUGAUGUUGUUAGGUAGCACCUCACUUCUUUUUCUGAUCUGUGUCUCGCCGAUGGCGCUUCUUCACGUGACACUUUCACCAGAGCAUCUGUCCAGCUACUCGUUCCAGCUAUUCCGAGCUCUGGCGAAUCUGCUAGAAUUGAUCAACUAUUCACUCACGUUCUACAUAUAUUGUCUGUUCAGUGAGGACUUCCGAAAUACCCUAUUUCGAACCAUCCGAUGGCCGUGGUUUGAGAAGCCUCUUUACAAUCGAGGAACCGACUUCCCCCUGAAGCAUCCGUCGACGGGAAUUCUACUGAACGGUCGCCAUCAUCACUACAACUAUUCGAAUGGCACUCGCCGGAUGGCGAACGGAACUUCCAUCAAUGGUUCGCUGCUGCAGGGUACGUCCAACAACAACAGCCCACAUCAGUCGCCAACCCAUCAGCAAAACCAGCAACAACUGCAGCAUUUGCUGGCGGUUACGCCGACAACCGCAUCAACCACACCGCAACAUCUGCAGGUCACGCAAAUCACUAUGACAGCUACGACGACCACCAGUUCGGGUUUCUGCACCGCCAAUGGACGCUCGAGCAGUAUCUGA